AUGGAUGGAAUGCUAACGCUAUACUUGCAAAGGAUCGAGGAUGAGAUGAGGAGGACGCAGAAAAAUAAGGCGACGGGUAUAAAACUCGCUCGUUACCGCGCUCAACUUCUCGAGCCGGGUCCUGGUGCUGGAGGUGCAGGUGGUACGGGAUUCGACGUUUCGAAAUCCGGAGAUGCACGAAUUGCACUAGUGGGGUUUCCUUCGGUGGGAAAAUCUACUUUCUUGUCUAAGAUUACGAAGACGAAAUCUGUGGUCGCGGCGUAUUCGUUUACGACGCUUACGGCUAUUCCUGGUGUGUUGGAGUAUGGAGGCGCGGAGAUUCAAAUUUUGGAUUUGCCGGGUAUUAUUGAGGGAGCGGCUGAAGGAAAAGGUAGAGGAAGACAGGUUAUUAGUGCGGCGAAGACGAGUGAUUUGAUUUUGAUGGUGUUGGAUGCUACGAAGAAGGCGGAGCAGAGGGCGUUGUUGGAGGCGGAAUUGGAGGCUGUGGGGAUUAGAUUGAAUAGGGAACCACCAAACAUCUACCUCAAACCUAAAGCCGCAGGCGGCAUGAAAAUCACCUUCCAAACACCCCCCAAAUACAUUGAUCAAAAAAUGAUCUAUAACAUCCUCCGGGACUACAAAAUCCUCAACUGCGAAGUACUCAUCCGAGACGAAUACUGCACCGUCGACGACUUCAUCGACGUAAUCAUGAAAGACCACCGCAAAUACAUCAAAUGUCUGUACGUCUACAACAAAAUCGACAGCGUGUCACUCGAUUUCCUCGACAAACUCGCCCGCGAACCCCACACGGUCGUCAUGUCCUGCGAAAUGGACCUCGGCAUCCGCGACGUCGUAGAUCGCUGCUGGGAAGAGCUAAAACUCAUUCGUAUCUAUACGAAGAGGAAGGGAGUCGAUCCGGAUUUCUCAGAGGCUUUGAUUGUGAGGAGUGGUUCCCGUGUGGAGGAUGUUUGUGAUCAGAUUCAUAGGACUUUGAAGGAUACUUUUAAGUAUGCGUUAGUUUGGGGCGCGAGUGCGAGACAUGUGCCUCAGAGGGUGGGGUUAGGUCAUUUUGUUGCUGAUGAGGAUGUUAUUAGUAUUGUUAGUGCUUUUAAGGCUUAG